AGUCGAAAUGUCUUAAUUUACGCUCCUUUUCUAAAACAAUAAAUUCCAACACCAAUAAAACCAAAACUAAUUAAUGGCCUUAUUUAAUUGUUUUCUCACACCCAAUUCCAAACCGAAUUUAAUUAUCAUCAUUUUCUUCCCACCCCGUAAUAAAUUCGAACUUCCCCUUUUCCUCAAUAAAUAUUUAAUAUUUAUAUUUAUAUUUAUUUAUCUUCUCCUUAUAUUAUUCUCCCAUUUCUCCUAAACUCCACAUUCUUUUUUUCUCUUUUCUUCAUUUCUCUCUCUGUUUAUUUUUUUUUUUUUUUAUAAAAAAUUUCUGGGCAAAGAAUUUGAAUAAUGGCAGCUGAUGUUAGUACGAUGCAGAUUAAAAGCGAAGCGAAAUCUGGUUUAAUUACUCGUGAUUUUCUUGGUGGGUGUUUUGGUAUUGAAUCCAAAGAGUUAGACCUUGAUUUGCAUGUUCCUACUGGCUGGGAAAAACGUCUUGAUCUUAAGUCAGGAAAAGUGUUCAUACAAAGAUGCAAGGCAGCAAAUUCAGCAUCAGCAUGUGAAGAGAGGAAUACAGCAAAAGAGAAAGAGAAAGAGAAAGAGAGUUCCCCAAAACCAAAAGAUACAUCAAAUAUAAAGUCAUUAAUUGAGCAGCCAAGUUUGAACCUAAAAUUAAUCCCUAAUAACAAUAAUAAUAAUAAUAAUAAUAAUAAUAAUAAUAAUAAUAAUAAUAAUAAUAAUAAUAAUAAUCCAGGUUCAAGUUAUACAAGUGUGUGUACUUUAGAUAAGGUAAAGUCAGCUCUUGAUAGAGCUGAAAGAGCCUCACCGACGUCAUCAUCAACAUCAUCCUCGUCGUCAUCUAAGAAGAAGCGUUGGACGAUGAUGAUGUCAUCGAGAUCGAGUGUACGGUCAUCAUCACCCUCGAAUUCAUUGUCGUUGUCGAUUGGUGAAGAAGAGAUGAGGGAUUCAUCUUGUCAUCAUCAGAAUCAAGGGUUGUUGGUUGCAGCAGCUUGCCCUGCUUGUUUGCUAUACGUCUUGAUAUCAAAGAAUGACCCCAAAUGUCCCAAAUGCAAUUCGCUUGUUCAUUUGCCUGCGAUCAUGAUGAAUAAGAAGCCCAAGAUUGAUCUCAACAUAUCAAUAUGAUUUGGAUUUGGAAUUUGGAAUUUGGAAUUUCAUGGUAGAUAAUACUUGGAGAUCGAAUAUUUGGUUUAUUACUUACGGAGUACUUUAUUACGGAGUAAUUAAUAUGGAUAGAGAUGGGCAGGCCAGCUUAUCAAAUGAUGAUAAUAGUUACGUAGUAUGAGGUUAAUAGAUAGUUUAAAUGAAUACACAAAUAGAUUUGUACAUUUUUCAAAAGUUACACAUGAUUCAGGAGAAUUAUCGAUUUCGAUCUUUUAUCAAUUCA